AUGAUCGAAAAAGGAAAUUUUUCUGCGUACAAAAAAAAUCGAAAAAUGCUUGAAGAAUUACAACGGCAGAAGCGUCAGAUGAUGCAGAAAAAUGCUAGCUCAACAAAUCGCCCAACAAGUUUACAAACAACAGGCCCAAUAUCAAGUGGAAGCGAGAGGGAUUUGUCAACACCGAGUGGAAUGGGACCUUCAAUUACUCCAACUUCUUUAGCCUCCAAAGUUAAUUUGGCUGAAGGGACAAUUAUGUUUAUUCCUGUAAAUUCACAAUUUGGAAAUAGUAUAAUUCCUGUAUUUCCGCGUAUUGCACCUGAGACGUGAAAAAGAAAAAUAAAAGAGAAGGGAAAUUUA